AUGACAUCUGCAAAUAGGUUCGUCGAUAAUGCAUCCAGCUCUCUUCCACAAAUUACGUUUUAUGCCUCAAUUCCCUUUGGGGUCACCUUCCUACUAGUUGAGCUUCUGAUUACGGUGUCACUUUGCGUCCUUCUGUAUGACAGUGGCUCUCACUCGGCCUUCCCAAGAACGAAGCGUCUCCUGAACACGCUCAUCAUCUAUGCUGUUAAUCGGUGUCUGCUGACCUUACUGGUCGCCCUUGCAGAGUUUGCAACUUCGGCUAAGUUCCAGAGUGCAUGGUCAACAGGACUUGACUUCACAAUCGGAAAACUAUAUGCCAACUCGCUUUUAGCAUCGCUGAACACCAGACAAAUCCUUCGAGCGCAGCAGUCAGGCACCCGGUCAGAUGAACGCAUCAGCGGUGUCCACCUCGCAAACCUGCAAAGGCUUUCGAAGAACGUUAAGCGUUCAAAGGAUGGAGAAAAACAUAUCGAGGCACUGUGA